UUUGAGCAGAACUACGAAGACGAACUAACUUUAGAAUAUAACAUAACCUUGCUUUUUUUUGUUAAAAAGUUUGUCAAAAUUAAAAAAAAAUAUAUAACCACAUCACCAGAUUGUACGAUUAUUUAGAUUAGAUUAGAAUAAACAUGUUUACAAAAAGAAAAAAUGAAAAUUCAGAACAUACUACAAAAAGAUUAAAAAAAGAAGAGUGUCCUCAUUCUACAAAGUGUUACCGAAGAAAUCCUCACCAUUUAAAGGAAUUUGAUCAUCCACAUUUAAUGAAACUUAUUGAUAUGGGCGAUUCAAUAGAAAUACCCAGUGAUUUUACUCAACCAAAAGAAAUAUAUUUGGAACAAAUAGAAAUUUUAAAACCAUUAUUAAAUAUGGCUAAAAGUAAAUUAACUGCAUCUGACCAAAAACAAAAUUUACCAUCCACUUCAGCCUCAAAUAAUAACCAUAAAAAACAAGAUGUAAAUUCUGGAUCUGGAAGUUCUUCAAGUAAGAAAAAUAUGUCAGAUAAAAAGAUCAAGACAGCUUCCUACACAGUGGCUACUAAUCCAAAACAAAAUGUCACCUCCAGUUCAACCACAAGUAGCAAGCACACUAGGUCACAUCAAAAACAAGAUAUCAAUUCGGGAAGUUCUUCAAGUAAGGAAACAAUGUCAGAUAAAAUGAACAGGGCAGCUCCUUACAAUCUAUUUUUUACUACUAUAAUGAAGGCACCUGAAACUAAGAUGCAACCUAAUUCCAUUACUUUCACAGAUCUGCUUUGUCCAAGCUUAGGGGUUUUGAAAUGUUCUUUACAAAUAAAUUUUAUGAUUGAUAUUGACUGGUUAUUAAAACAAUAUAAGGAAAGAAAUUUAAGCUCAAAACCUCUUACUAUUUUAUAUGGUGAUGAUUGGCCAGAUAUGGAAAAGUUCAUAAAAAUGUUUUGUCCCCAUGUAACUAGCAAGUUAAUUAAAAUGAAAGAUCCUUUUGGAUGCCAUCAUUCCAAGAUUGGUAUAUAUGUGUAUGAAGAUAAUUCUGUUAGAGUAGUUGUUUCUACAGCAAAUCUUUAUUAUGAAGAUUGGAAUUAUUACAACCAAGGAUUAUGGGUUAGUCCUCUAUGUAAAAGGCUUCCAGAGACCUGUACAGAAAAAGAUGGUGAAUCAAUUACUAAAUUUAAGGCAAAUCUAUUAAGUUACUUAAGGUCUUACAAUGAGACUAUUCUCAAACCUUUUAUAGAAUAUGUACAAAAAGCAGAUUUUAGCCAAAUAAGAGUAUUUUUAACAUAUUCAGCACCAGGGAAGUAUUAUCCAAAUACAAAUGGAAGCCAUUUGCAUAGUGUUGCUGAUCUACUAAGCAGUCAUUGCAGUUUGCCUGCAAAAACAACACCUCAAAGUGAAGGCCCUCUGGCUUGGGGCAUAAUAGCCCAAGCAUCAAGUAUUGGUUCAUUGGGUAAAAAACCUGCAGAUUGGUUAAGAGGAUCUGUACUCAGGUGCCUUGCUAGUCACAAAGGUUGCUCCAAACCAAUGAAUUCAAGUGCUAGUAUAAGUUUAGUUUAUCCUAGUGUUGAUAAUGUCAUGACUGGGUAUUUGGGUCCAGAAAGUGGGGGUUGCUUGCCAUAUUCAAAGGCUACAAAUGAGAAACAAAAAUGGUUACAGGAAUAUCUGUAUCAGUGGAAAGCAUCCUCAUUUGGUAGAAGUAGAGCAAUGCCGCAUAUAAAAACUUAUUGUCGUAUUUCUCCUUGUUUAAGUAAAUUGGCAUAUUAUUUGAUUACUAGUGCUAAUUUGUCUAAAUCGGCUUGGGGAGGCCCUUUUGGAAAAGAUAUGGGAGUCUAUAUAAGAUCAUUUGAGGUUGGCGUUCUAUUUUUACCAAAAUUUUUUGAUGAGGAGUAUUUUGAAAUUACCAAUUCUGCUAAAAAUAGAGAUAAAACAUUAUUUCCAUUUAUGUAUGACUUACCUUUAACUCCAUAUAAAAAAGAUGAUUAUCCUUGGUGUAAUUAGCUUUUAAUCUAUUUAAAUUGUAUCUUAUUCUUUAUUUGUUAAAAAUAUACUACCUUUUGUAUUUAAUUUUUUUUUGUUAAUAUAAUCCCAUUUCUCAAUUUUAAUGUGACUGGAAAAUUACUUGUGAUUAAUGAAUGACUAGAUAGUUAAAUGUAAUUACGUAUAUUAAAAGUUUAAUGAUUGUUUCAGAAAUCAUUUUUUUAGAACCCAAAUUUGUGGUUUAAUAAAUUAUUAUAAUAAAAGGCCUUUAUUGGUACAAAAUAAAAGUUUACAUUUCCACCAUAGAAAAAUUUCCACAAUAAAAUAAAUAAUUUAAUCGAAAAUGAUUUCAACAAAAAAACUCAAGUGUAUGUUCUAUAUAGUUGAUGGACUGAAAAACACAAUGACAAUUUUUUUUACAUUUUUGUUAUUAUUUCAACUUCCUUUUGGAUUAUUAUUAGUUUUGAAGCGCAAAAACUUUUAUGAAGAAUAACAUUUUUUUGGAGAAGGUGAAAAUAAAAGAUUUCUCCUAUUUUGGAGUCCUAACUCAGCAGCGGUGUUUAGUAAGGAUGGUAUUCAGUGUUACUUACUGUACCUUAGCUUUCACAUACAUAGAUUUUAUCAAGACGAAGAUGUUUGUUGCAAUAAAGCAUUGCUAAGAGUUUGUCAUGAUUCACAUUUUUAAACCCAAAUUUUACAGGAGCUAUUAUAAAUCUUUAAAAAAUUACUCUUCUGUGCUUAACACUGUGUUUUAAAAUGAUAAGGUAGCUGAUACCUCUUAACGCAUCGCAGAUUUAUUUAUUGAACACUUUUCUAGUCAUGAAAAUCGACUUACUAAAUAUUAAUUUAGAUACUAAAAACUGCUUUCAUAUUCCUCCUAUCCUCUCAAUUUUUCAUUACAA